GAUUAUGCCACUUUUAAAGCACUGUUUGACAGCCUUGGAAAAGCAGUAAACCAUCUUAUUUAUUAUGGCAGCAAUACAAAUCCUGACAAUCUUACAUCCAGUGAUGCAAUGAAACAUGGUCCUAAAAGAUCAUUCUCACCCGAGCAAGAAUUUUUCUUGGUAUUGGUUCGCCUUCGUCUAGGACUGCUGGAAGCGGAGGACCUGGCU